UCACUAUAACAGAAGGACAUAUUCAGCGCGGUAAGUUUGCAGAACCUUACAGCUAGUCUCGGCCAGCGGGGAUCUCCCUUUCUUUCAGCUUUUUCUUUCACAGGUUGUGUAGCCCUACGUCCCCAUGUCUGACACUGAGGAAGUUGAUCAGGUCGAAGAAUACGAUGCUGUAGCCGAGGAGGUAGUAGAGGAAGUAGAAGUGGCUCCUGAGGCGGCCCCUGAGCCAGAACCAGAGCCAGAACCAGAGGUAGAGCCAGAGCCAGAACCAGAGCCAGAGCCUGAGCCUGAGCUUGAAGAGGCUGUGGAAGAGGAAGAAGAAAAGCCAAAGUUCAAACCUGCUGCACCAAAGAUGCCCGAUGGUGAGAAAGUGGAUUUUGACGAUAUCCAGAAGAAACGUCAGAACAAAGAUCUGUCGGAGCUGCAGGGACUGAUCGAUGCUCACUUUGAGUGCAGGAAGAAGGAGGAGGAGGAGCUGAUCGGACUGAAGGACAGGAUUGAGAAGCGUCGCGCUGAGAGAUCCGAGCAGCAGAGGAUCAGAUCUGAGAAGGAAAAGGAGCGCCAGGUCAAGCGUGAGGUUCGUAACAUUUAAAUAUCACCUUUUGAA